AAAAAAGGAGGCCACGUGAAAAGGAAAGAUUGGAUAGAACGCUGAAAAGGAAACUCUGUAAAACGGAAACACCAAAUGCUGAUAAGAAGCAAAUUGUGAAGAGCAAAAUCAGCAGCAAAAUGACUUGGCUAUUAGAGCCGCCUUUUGUUAAUUCUUCAAUCCCUUUUCACUCUCAUCCCCACAAUCUCUAUAUCCGAAACAACUCUUUUUCCAAACCCAUUUCUGCCGCCCCCGGAGCUGUAAAGCCUCUGUCGCCGGAGCCGGAGCCGGAGCCAGAAAGCCUUGCAUUAUCGCUUGAUGGCCCAAAAGAACGCCGUAGAGUUGUCCGGUUGGCUUGGGAGAAGCUGGUUCGUUGGUCUCGCUCUUUGCGCUCUAAGGUCAAAACUGACGUCCUUGAACGUACUAAUAAGAUAGUGGUUCUUGGAGGUGGAUCUUUUGGAACAGCAAUGGCUGCUCAUGUUGCAACGAGAAAGUCCCAGUUGGAAGUGAAUAUGCUUGUAAGAGAUCCUCAAGUUUGUCGAUCAAUAAACGAGGAACACCGUAACUGUAAAUAUUUUCCACAGCACAAGCUACCAGAAAAUGUCAUUGCAAAUACAGAUGCAAAAGCUGCUCUGCUAGGUGCAGAUUUUUGCUUCCAUGCUGUACCUGUUCAGUUCAGCUCAUCAUUCCUUGAGGAAAUUGCCAACUAUGUUGAUCCAGGCUUACCUUUCAUAUCUCUCAGCAAAGGUUUGGAGCUAAACACAUUAAGAACAAUGUCUCAGAUAAUUCCCAAAGCACUGAAAAAUCCUCGCCAACCCUAUGUUGCUCUAUCUGGUCCUUCCUUUGCACUAGAGCUGAUGAAUGAACUACCAACAGCAAUGGUAGUAGCUUCAAAAGACAAAAAAAUGGCAAAUUCCGUUCAGCAACUUAUGGCUUGUAGAAACCUGAGAAUCAACACAUCAAGUGAUGUUACAGGGGUUGAAAUUGCAGGUGCAUUGAAAAAUGUGUUGGCAAUUGCAGCUGGCAUUGUGGAAGGACUAAAUCUUGGUAACAAUUCCAUGGCUGCUCUUGUUUCACAAGGUUGCUCUGAAAUUCGAUGGUUGGCAACAAAGAUGGGUGCAAAGUCAACAACAUUAACUGGUCUAUCUGGAACUGGAGAUAUUAUGCUCACAUGCUUUGUGAGCCUUUCAAGAAACAGAACAGUUGGAGUUCGUCUGGGUUCGGGCGAAAAACUUGACGAUAUACUUAGUUCAAUGAAUCAGGUAGCUGAAGGGGUUACAACAGCUGGAGCUGUGAUUGCUUUAGCGCAAAAGUACAAGGUUAAAAUGCCAGUUUUAACAGCAGUUGCAAAGAUUAUCGACAACGAACUAACGCCCACAAAAGCUGUUUUUGAGUUGAUGAAUCUCCCUCAGGUUGAAGAAGUUUAAACAAGGCACUGGCAUUAGAAAGAUGGCGAUAGCUGCUGGGUGAAACCUUAACGCAAAUACAACCUGUGAAUGACUUAGUUGCUCCAUGAGGCUCAAAGUCAACAUGUUUUCAUAAGGAUCUUUGCCUGUUUAGCGGCUGCACAUUGCAGACAGUCAGAGGUGGACAUAGAGCGGGUUCCAUGGGUUCAACUUAAGUCUGAAUCCAUUGCUUUCGACUCGCCAUAAGUACAUAUGCAAAAUUGUUGAAUUUUGUGGGAGUAUUACAUUCAUUCUAAACCAUCUGACUAUAAAUCUUAGAUUCGUCUCGGCUGACAGUCUCCAAGUUUUAUGGUGACCAUAUCUGUCUUUGAGUUCUUUCACCACGUUAUUAGUUAUACAUGCCCAAGUAUGAUUUAAGAAUUCUGAGUCAAGCUGGAGCUUGUAAUUAGUCAUCAAUAACACUAUUUGAAUGAAUAUAUUUGAAGGAACUUAAGAUUUGUAGUCUCAAAGUUUUUGCAUAAGAGUGUUCUGUCAGCUGA